CCCGCAAUAAAUAACUCGCUCGCCUCUUCUCUCUCUCCUCCGUUCUCACCUCCCUCCUCAUCCAGGGACCCGCCCCCGCCUUGACUUUUCACGUUGCGUUUGAGCGCGGCGGCUGAUCUGCGAUUCCUCUCCACUCCACACCCGACCACCCCGGGAGGGAAUCCCUCUCCCCUUCCGCCUGCACGGGGCGGCGGCAGCGGAGGCCGGCGUCGUUGGUCUCCGCGCGGGUGUCUCUGUUCGGCGCUUACUUGCCGGGCGAGUGCGGCAUUGGAGGAGGAGGAGGAGAUCGGGAGGCGUGAUCGAUGGGGAACUGCGUGGCGAGCGGUGGCAGGACGACGGUGACGGCGGCGGGCGCUGGAGGGGAGGACGGGAGGCGGUGCGGGAGGAGGUGGAAGGCGCCGCGGGAGGAGCAGCUCGGCUCGGUCCCCGGCCGGAUCUUCUCCAACGACGGCCGCAGCCGCACCGCCGCCGUGUUCACGCAGCAGGGGCGCAAGGGGAUCAACCAGGACGCCAUGCUCGUCUGGGAUGGGUUCGGCGGGGAGGAGGACAUCGUGCUGUGCGGGGUGUUCGACGGCCACGGCCCGCACGGCCACCUGGUGGCGCGCAGGGUCCGCGACGCGCUGCCGCUGAGGCUCAUGUCCGCGGUGCGCGCGUCCAAGGCCGGGCUGGACAUGCCCGCCACCGCGUGGAGGAAGGCCUUCGCGCGCGCCUACAAGGCCAUGGACAAGGACCUCCGCUCCCACGCCACCCUCGACUGCUUCUGCAGCGGCAGCACCGCCGUCACCGUCCUCAAGCUCGGCUCGGAUCUCUACAUGGCCAACAUUGGCGAUUCGCGUGCCGUGUUAGGCUCAAGGGACGGCGCCGCCGGCGGUAUGGUGGCCGUGCAGCUCACCGUGGACCUCAAACCUGAUGUUCCCAGUGAGGCAGAACGGAUCAAGAAGUGCAGGGGCAGAGUGUUCGCGCUGCAGGAUGAACCGGAGGUGCCGCGGGUCUGGUUGCCGUUCGACGACGCGCCAGGCCUGGCAAUGGCCCGCGCGUUUGGGGACUUCUGCCUCAAGGAUUACGGUGUCAUCUCUGUACCAGAGUUCUUCCACUGGUCACUUACGGAGAAGGAUCAAUUCGUCGUCCUUGCAUCAGAUGGGGUGUGGGAUGUCCUUAGCAACCAGCAGGCAGUGGACAUAGUGUCGUCAUCCCCGAGCCGAUCAAAGGCCGCAAAAUCCCUAGUUGAGGCAGCUACCCGUGAAUGGAAAACCAAAUACCCUACAUCCAAGAUCGAUGACUGCGUAGUGGUUUGCCUAUAUUUGGAUGGCAAAAUGGACCACGAGCGAGACUCGACUGCCUCCAUGGACAACAUCAGCGUGGACGAGGGUUCAGUAGCAGACCCGAAUGAAGCUCCGGAGCAGGAGCCAGCUCUAACCCGGAAUUUCACGGUCAGAACUGUUGCUGGGAGCGCCCAUGAGAAGGUGCUGGCUGGGGCAACGGAUGCAGUGGUCGCUGGCGCAGCUCAUGAUCAGAAUUGGUCAGGCCUUGAUGGGGUGACGCGGGUGAACUCGCUCGUCCAGCUCCCCAGGUUCUCCGAGGAGAAGGCGAUCGGCUGAGGAGCUGCGAUUCUUUGUUCUUAAUUAACUUAUUCUCUUCUGUUUGAAUUUAGUUUAGUCGCCAGUUGUUUGAGAGAAAAGGUAGAAAAACGAAACAUGGUCUUGUGAUUUCCUCCGGCACACAGCAAGCGUUCGAGUCCGCUGUGCUAGUGCCCCAGCUGUGUGGCUUUUAGCACAGCAAAAUUGCACAUUUCCAUAGACAAAGGUUGCUCUUGUGCGUUCAUCUGACUUCAGGUGUGCAAGGAUACCUGAAAGGUCAAGGAGCAAGGAAACCUUUGUCCAGAGCGUGCAAUUUUGAUGUGUUGAAACGAGCAGCCGGUGCUCCUAAGCACAGUGGCCGCGAACGCGUGCUAGGCGCCAGUCAUCUGGGAUGUUGACGCUGUGUCGGGUGACCUGUAAAUCCUCCCCUCCCCCCACCGGCACUUGGCUUUGUGGAGAGAUAUGUCUGUCUGUCUGGGCC